AAAAAAAAGGAAAGUCUAAUAAAAGCGUCGUCAAUGAUUCUAGAGUCUUCUAUAACCUUCGUUUCCUCUGUUAUUGCCACUUCCUUCAUGAUUCAUGAAACUACUGUAACCUUCCACGAACAUAUAUAAUCUCAAAACCCUUUUUCUUCCACCUUAUCUUGCAAUCGUAGCUUUCGAUUUUUUUCUUCUCUUCUCCUUGUUCUUAGAUUUUUUUUUUCCCGAUAAAGAUUGUCUCUUUUGUCCUUUUCUUUGUUCGAGUGUGUUAGCGUGAUGUCUUCGGAGAACGAUUUCGCUAGUUUUUUACCGCUGAUUCUAGCCAUAGCCGCCAGAGAAGCUGCUGAGGAUGAUGAUCAGUUGGAGAUCACCAUGGAUCCGUUGAAUCCGAGAGUGGUGAUGAUCAGAUCGGGUCCUGGCCUCGAUGAUCUUUUAGGCGGCGGAGGUAAAGAAGGGAGAUCGCCGGCGUCGAAAGCUUCGGUUGAGAGUAUGCCACGUGUCGUCAUCGGAGAAGAUAAUAAGGGGAAGGGUUCUUGCGCGAUUUGCUUGGAGGAGUGGUCUAAAGGUGACGUGGCGGCUGAGAUGCCGUGUAAGCACAGGUUUCACUCCAAGUGCGUUGAGGAGUGGUUGGGGAUGCACGCCACGUGUCCUAUGUGUAGGUACGAGAUGCCUGUUGAGCAAGUUGUACGAGACAAGAGGGUUGAGGUCUGGAUUGGUUUCUCCGUCGGCGGAAGAAGACAAGGUGAUGAAACAGAGGCUUAGGUUUUAGGUUUGAGGAGAUGAAAGACUUUUGUAUAUUUUUUUUGUUUUUUCGUUUUCUGAAAUCAGUUUCUCGAAUUCAAUGUAUUUUGUUGCUGAAAUUGAAACAAAUUCAAGAACAUGAUUCAUUCUCA